CGCAGCGCUCCUGCGCGGCCGUUUCCGCUGCCCUGCCUGUCCGCCUCGCCGCGGACAGCCCUUGGCUGUAACUCGGGAAUGUCGCAGGACUGCCGCACAUCCCUGUUCCUGUGCAGUGCUCGCGCACGCUAAAUGUUUUGUGCCAGACUGUCAUGGAUGUGAUUAUGCAUAUGACAGAGCUCAGAAGAAGGGAGAGAAGAGUAAAGACUUCUUGAUUUUAGUAAAGGGAAACUCCAUCCCAGUUUGCUAACUUGCAUCCCAAGUGGCUGCUGAUUACAUUACAGCUGUUGUAUACUUCUUGCUGACUACCUGCAUGCAACUACUAUGACUUCUGGCAAAAGAAUGGAAGAUGGCAUGCCAGAAGUGCUUGGUGAAGAAUCAGGAAGAUUUACCAGAGAGCAGCUAUUUACAAUGGUUGCCGCAGCUUCUAUCAACUUCAGUUCAAUGAUAUGCUAUUCGAUCCUGGGACCCUUUUUCCCUGUAGAGGCAGAAAAAAAAGGUGCCAGUAACACAAUUGUUGGCAUGAUUUUUGGAUGUUUUGCUUUAUUCAAUUUCUUGGCUUCCUUAAUCUUGGGAAACUAUCUUACACAAAUUGGAGCAAAAUUCAUGUUUGUGGCAGGGAUGUUUGUUUCUGGAUGUGUUACAAUUCUGUUUGGAAUGCUAGACAAGGUGCCCAGUGGAACAGUGUUCAUCAGUUUGUGCUUUUUAGUAAGAGCAAUGGAUGCGAUAAGUUUUGCAGCAGCAAUGACAGCAUCAUUUUCAAGCCUUGCAAAGGCAUUCCCCAAUAAUAUAGCUACUGUCAUGGGCAGCCUUGAAAUUUUUACAGGGCUUGGACUGGUGUUGGGUCCACCAUUAGGUGGCUUUUUGUAUCAAUCAUUUGGUUAUGAGAUCCCUUUCAUUACACUGGGAAGUCUAGUGUUGGUCUUGGUGCCUGUGAAUAUGUGCUUAUUACCAAAAUAUGAUUCGAUCCCUAGCAAGGACUCCUUUUGGAAGCUCAUUCUUCUGCCGAAAGUCUUGCUUCUCUGUCUUACUAUAUUUUCUCUAAGUUCAUGCUUGGGAUUUUUGGAUCCCACAAUGUCUCUGUUUGUCCUAAAGAAGUUCAAACUCCCAGCUGGUUAUGUGGGCUUAGUAUUUCUAGGUUUGGCACUCUCGUAUUCCCUGUCUUCUCCCCUCCUUGGACUCUUAAGUGACAAGCUGCCAUACCUCAGGAAAUGGCUGCUGGUCUGUGGAGGCUUAAUAACAGCAGUGUGCUUUUUCAUGUUAGGACCUGCUCCUGUACUGCACAUUGAAAGUCAACUGUGGAUGUUUGUCCUAGUGCUGGUUUUGAUUGGCUUUUCCCUUGGCAUGAGUGCUAUCCCGGUAUUUCCAGAGAUACUGCACUGUGCAUAUGAGAAUGGAUUUGAAGAAGGUCUAAGUCUUUUGGGACUGGUGUCUGGGCUCCUCAGUGCCAUGUGGUCCCUUGGGGCAUUUGUAGGUCCCACUCUAGGAGGAUUUCUGUAUGAAAAGCUGGGUUUUGAAUGGGCCUCAGCCAUCCAAGGAGGAUGGCCAUUGCUAAGUGGACUCUCAACUGGAAUAUUCUAUAUCAUUGAGGCCACAAGGAGGAGUACCAGUUCUAGCCUGCAAAACCCUCGUGGUAAUAAUGAAGAAAGAACUCGUCUGUUGGGUAGUGAAACAUAGCCAGACAUACUUUUGGAUUCUCUCUUUACUAUUGUGAUUUAACCUAGUCUUGAGAUGAGUGGACUUGGAAGUGUUUCAUUAUUCUUGAGUUGGGAUAUGUGAUCCGCUAGUGAACAACCAGUAGCGGUUUACUUGUAGCUGCAUCUCUGUUCUGAAACACUAAACACUGACUGCCUUUCUUUUUGGAAGUGCUCAUGUGGAUUGACUGAACUGAUGAGUAAUUCUCGAAUGUCAGCCUAUUUAACCGUGUUCCAUAUACAGUGCACCACUGUAUGUGGAGAGGUGUACCUUCAAAUGUCUAGCUUUUACACUUGAGUCUGCUGUGGGUUAUUCAUAGAUGAAACUACUGUUCUUAUUACCGUGAUUUUUUGCAUCUUUUUUAAGGGAAGAUCAUAAUCCUGUAAUACUUCAACUGAUAAAAUGUUGAAAUGGAAUUUGAAAUGGCAAAGCAUUAAGCAUAAUAUUGUUUUCAAUAAAGCAACUUUUUUCUGAA